AUGGCUGCGGACUUCCUGUGCGGGCGGGACGUGCGGGCCGGCUAUAUAGCCCCCGCGGACUUGGCGGAGAAGAUCCGCAGUGGCUCGGACGGUCUCGUGGUGCUGGACGUCCGUGACGACGACCUGUACGGCGGCAGCAUCCAGAACGCGGUCAAUGUCCCGGUGUCGUGCUUCAAGAACGACUACCUUCUGGACGACGUGAUUUCGCGGCUGGGGCUGCUCUCGCCGGGAAACGCGGGUGCUGGUCGGGUGACCACCGUGGUCGUCCACUGCAUGUUUUCGCAGCAGCGGGGGCCCUUCGCGGCGCUCCGGCUGCUCGAGCGCGUCAAGGAGCUAUCGGGCAGCGGGCACGUCCCCGAGGUGCUCGUCCUUCGCGGCGGAUUCCGCGCCUUCUCUGACGCGUACAGCGACCUUCUACAGACUGCACCGGCGGCCGCCAUCGACCUCGACGGGCUCGGAGGCGACGUCGCGGGCAAGCUCGGCGGCGACGCGGCGCCCACGGUGCCCACGUCGCCACCGCUGCACACCUGA